ACUGGAGCCUUGGCCAAGACGGUGUGCCGUCACGUCACAAGCCUCUAUAAGCUCCCAAGCUUCCAAGCUUCCAGAGUGCCAGGUGCAUGGCUUGCAGACUUGUAGUUACCCAUGCCCGCCCCCCCAAGCUUCCAUGAGCUAGCUAUCCCAAAACGGCACACCGGACGACAUCAUAGCUUGUGAAGUUCGACCUCAAGCUGCCAACCUCAAUUGCAACCUUCUACUUACUCUUUUCAUAUCGACAACAUCCCGCACACAACCAAUCUUCCACAAUGUUCUCCUUCCGUAAGACCAAGGACAUCAUCACUGUCUUCCACAAGGCAAACUCUCCUGCCUCCACAAAGGUCGUCAACCUUUUGAAGCAGGUCUCUGCCAAUGCCUCCGAGGUAGCUACCGAGGACCAGGCAAGCGAUCACACCCACCAGACCGACCCCCAGCGCCCCGAGUUCGACCUCGACGUCACCGAGAGUGCCCCCACAUCAGACCAGCUGAGGUCCAUCCUUGAGUACGUCGGUGCAGGCAAGAUUGGCUCCGUCAUCCCAGGCGCGACCAAUGAAAAGGACGCUUUGAAGAAGUUCAAGGAGGGCUCGGAAAACUUCAAGAGGCCAGUGAUUGUCGACUGGAACAACGGGAAGGCCGUUGCUAGUGAAAACGAGUCCGAGAUCUUGAAGAUGGUCAACGAGCUCAACAAGGCCUAAUCUUUUCCUCGGAAGCUCCUGUCUCACCAUGUACAAACUGCGAUACCACCAUGCAUAUGUCACUAGUCUAUUCAAUAGUCAAAUGCUAAACUUUUCAUGAUGAUAA